AUUGAGGUAAAAAGUCAAAUAAAGUAAGUAGACUCUCUGAGAGAUACCAAACACAAACUACCAAGGUGUCACUUUUACAAUGAAGGUACACUUGUAGCCAAUAAGUAGCAAUUUACCUGAGUAAGAAAUGUUGUUGGAUUUAAGUACCUUUCCGAGACUUACUGACAACCUGACCAAUGCGCCACUGCAGUACUGAGGGGGAACAUAGGACUCUUCAAGAUGCAAUCUUUUGGACACGUUAAACCAUCUGCUCUCUCAAGUAAUUGUACAAAGUACUAUAGUCCUUUAUUGAAGAGGAGUUUUUGGCUGGUAUUUAUAGGCUGAAAAGGGAUUGUUACACUGCUAUCUGUGUGUAAAUUGGCUGUUGUAAUUCCUGCAUUACAAUAAUGACUACUUACAAAUUAUCAAUGUUUUAAAAUUUAAUUAGGGCAUUGCAAGGGAAAAUAUUUGACUACCUGAAACUAUCAAUAAGUAUAUGGUUCUCAGCUGCAUUUUCAAUGGAAGGUUUAAGAGCUUCUCCCAAGUUAAGUCCACAUGGAAAUGUAGCACCAGAUGACAGAAGGAAAAAUCAUUUCCGUUGUACUCAGUACUGCCUUAACUUUGUGAGGCGCUCAUGGCUCCACGAGGAUUUUGUGAUUGUACAAAGCAUGUCCUGCUGACCUCACUGCUGUUGACCACGCGCAACAUGGUGCCACCUGUGAGAAUCAACCAUGCCAUAGACAAGUAUCAAGGCACUGCCCACUGACCACCCUGAUAAGCUUCUGAUGGCACACAACUGUCCAAAUUCUCCACUAUUUCAAGCAUUUCUGAUGACAAGUUAUUGCAAAUAAAUGAAGUGCACAAGGCAAAGAGUUCAGUGCACUACAGAACCACUGAUGGACUUGGGUCUGAGUCUAGUGGCAAUUCCAUUGAGGUUAGGUUGUUUUUGUUUUGUAUUGGAACAGAGCCAUUAUAUGCCAGAAGGCGAGAAUAGAUUUGAAGAAGGUGAUGAUAACCUCACUAGUUGUGCUUUAUGAACCCACCUCUUAUCUUGCUAAAAGGCAGUGGCCUGGAUGGCACCAUCAAGCAUUUUUGAGCUUCCCUGCUGCAGUGACCAGGUGCAAAUCUGGAAUGCAAAGAGACACUCAGUGUAGUUAGCCAUCAGUUCACUGUGAAGCCACUGCCUAGGAGUUAGUGCAAACCAGCUUGGUAACAUUGUCCAUGGCCAGCCAAGGUAGAUUAAAAGGACAUCCAACAAUCUCUUGCCUUUCUUGUGUCCACCAUACAUGUGCAUUGCAGUAUAUUGUUGGGAAUGCAUGCUUGAUUUUUCUUUGUCAUCCUCACAGAUUCUUCACAACUACCUUAUCUUCUUUUGCAGGUCUAGGACUGAUAAAGCUUGCCAUUAAUUGGAUGAACACCAUUAGAUUUUCCUGGCAGUCAAGUGAAGAACUCUUCUCAUAUGAAAACCUCCUCAACCGAGCACUCAAUAGAGAUAUUAUUUGACCAAAGACUGUUAUGCCUAGUUUCCAAAAACAGUUUGCAAAGUCUGAAUCCCUUCCCUUUUAAUCUCCACCAACUUUUCUUCUAACAAUUGGCAUGUUAAUUUGCAAUAUAAUGGGUAGUAAGUAUAUACAAGGAUCCUGCCUACUUCUGUGUCUAGUUGAUUUAGUGCAAGUACUGAAUGUUCAGCCAGCAACCACAGUAGGGAACAACCAACAUGAUAAGAUGCUGCAUCAUCGUGUGAAGAGAGGUUGGGUAUGGAACCAAUUUUUCGUGUUGGAAGAAUACACUGGAACAGAACCUUUAUACGUUGGCAAGCUUCAUUCAGACAUGGACAAAGGAGAAGGCUCUGUCAGAUACAUCCUGUCUGGUGAUGGAGCAGGUACUGUUUUCACCAUUGAUGACAACACUGGAGAUAUCCACGCAGUACAGAGACUGGAUCGGGAAGAGAAAUCUCACUAUACUCUGCGUGCCCAAGCCUUGGACAGAUGGACUGGUCAGCCGAUGGAACCGGAGUCUGAAUUCAUCAUAAAGAUCCAGGAUAUCAAUGACAACGAACCAAAAUUUCUUGAUGGACCUUAUGUAGCCAAUGUUCCUGAAAUGUCCCCAAUAGGUACGUCAGUAAUACAACUCACAGCGAGUGAUGCUGAUGAUCCCACAUAUGGAAACAGUGCACGAGUGGUUUACAGCAUCCUCCAGGGACAGCCAUAUUUCUCAGUGGAAGCAAGGACAGGCAUCAUCAGGACAGCUUUGCCAUAUAUGGACAGAGAGAUAAAGGAUGAAUACCUUGUGGUGGUGCAAGCCAAGGACAUGGGUGGACAAAUGGGCGGAUUAUCAGGCACAACAACUGUAAACAUCACCCUGACAGAUGUCAAUGACAAUCCUCCAAGAUUCCCUCAAAAGCUGUACCAGAUGAACGUGAUGGAGACAGCUUUGGUUGGCUCGGCAGUGGGAAGAAUUCUAGCAAAGGACGCAGAUGAGGGGCAAAAUGCAGAAUUGAGCUACAGCUUCAUCAAUGGCGAUGGGAUGAACGUAUUCGAGAUCAUCACAGAUGAAAGUAACCAAGUCGGGAUCAUCACCUUAAAGGAGCCAUUAGAUUUUGAAACCAAGGACAGCUAUAUGUUGGUUGUGGAGGGUACCAACACCCACCUGGAUCUUCGCUUUCUGAACUUUGGUCCAUUCCGAGAUACAGCCAGGGUGCGUCUGACAGUUGAGGAUGUGGAUGAGCCUCCACAGUUUGAUUCUCCCUCCUACAUGGUGGAGGUGUACGAAGAUGUCACGAUCGGAACCACUAUCCAAGUUGUUUCAGCAAAGGACCCAGAUGCAGCGAACAACUCCAUCAGGUAUUCAAUUGAGCGAUCCACGGAUCCUACAAGAUCCUUUUAUAUUGACAUCGCCUCAGGAGCUCUAAUGACUGCAAAGUCACUGGACCGAGAAGAUCUUUCUUGGCAUAAUAUCACCAUCCUAGCAAUGGAAAUGAAGAAUCCCACACAAAUUGGAAGUGUUUCAGUCUCAAUUAAAGUCCUUGACAUCAAUGACAAUCCACCAGAAUUUGUCAGGGAUCAUGAAGCCUACAUCUGUGAAAAUACCAAACCUGGUCAGCUGAUUCAAGUGGUCAGUGCCGUGGACCCAGAUAACCCUCAAGGGGGUCAUCACUUCUACUACAGCCUGGCUCCUGAGGCAGCGAACAACGCGAAUUUCACUGUGCGGGACAAUAAAGAUAACACUGCCUGGAUCCUGACCAGAAGAGGAGGGUUCAACCACCAGGAACAGGGCACCUUCUACCUGCCAAUUCUCAUAGCAGACGAUGGCCUCCCAAUGCAGAGUAGCACCAGCACCCUGACAAUUCGAAUCUGCGGCUGUGAUAUAGAUGGAAAUGUUCGGUCCUGCAAUGUGGAGGCCUUUAGCCUUCCCAUCAGCCUCAGCAGAGGAGCACUUAUUGCAAUUCUUGGGUGUAUCUUCAUCUUGUUGGUAUUAAUAUUGUUAAUUUUAACAAUGAGAAAACACAAGAAACAAUCCCUUAUUGUUGACGAGGAGGAAAACGUCCAUGAAAAUAUUGUGCGUUACGACGAUGAAGGCGGUGGUGAAGAGGACACGGAGGCCUUUGACAUUGCUGCCCUGUGGAAUCCCAGGGAAGCUCACUUGACAAAGUCCAGGAGGGACAUGCUGCCAGAAAUUGAAAGCCUGUCCAGGUACGUCUCGCAGUGCAGAUCAGGCGACGACAGCAUCAACAGCUACAUUCUGACAAAGUUGCACGAUGCCAACACGGACCCCUGUGCUCCCCCUUUCGAUUCCUUGCAGACUUACGCAUUUGAGGGGAAUGGCUCUAUAGCGGAAUCACUGAGCUCCUUCGAGUCAACCACAACAGACUUGGACUUCAAUUAUGAUUAUCUCACCGAGUGGGGACCUCGGUUCAAGAAACUGGCAGACAUGUACAGAGGCUCCGAGAGUGCUGAAGACUCAUUGUAGCCGGCAGGGAGAGCUUCUUGAUUAAUGGCAGCCUCUGUUGUUCAGCAUGGAUCUCUGCCCAUUUUGGUCAGAAAGCCCAUCAUCAAGAUGAAGUAUUUUUGGGGUUUCAACUGGGAUCGAGCAAACCAUGUAGGAAAUAGUGAAACUGCAGAUUGGCAGCUCAGACAGGCAGAACACAUGACAGGAAGGACAGGGGGGAAAAACUUGAAUCAUUAAAGUCACUAUCUGCCUGUUUAGAAGGACAGAAAAUAAAAAAAAUAAGGUAUCUCAACCUCUGAGGAUAAAAGUGAUUAUGUCUUGCCUCUGUAACACUGAAAUCUAUUCUAACACUGAGCAAUGGCAGCUCACACAGCAUCCCAGCCCUCACUUCAGUAAAUCAGAACGAGACUUGUUUGUUCAUUUUCAAAACUCACUGUAAAUAUCUAGGCAGGGAUGUGGAUUAUUAAUCAGGCCAUUGCCGCAGUCAUAGUGUAAACAGGUUUACAUUUUAUUUGGAAGUUCAUGCAGUGUCAUUCUGUGACCCGGUGGAUUGUUGAGUUAUGAAGAGCUCUGCCUUUCUGGUUUAAUUACAUGUCAAAAAAAAACAUUGUCCUUAUAUGUGAAAGAUUCCUAUAAGCUGAUGAAGUGGCUGUGCAGACGUCUGUCUGAAAAUCCAGCAAGAUUCAGGCUCUCCAGCUGAAUACACAAAGGAGGUUUGUAACUUCAGCAAGACAGCCCCUUCCCCCUCCCCAACAUCCAUAUGAUGGCAAAUCGGAAAUUGCAAGGGAAGCAAUUCUGGAUCCUUCUCUUCCUUAAAAUUUGCUUCGCAUCCAUAGUCGAACCCUUGGAAUUCGCAUUACUCAGCAGCAAGCCAGAGAAUGGAACUGAGGAAUGGACUCGUAGGUGGAGACUUGCAAACCCCAGCCUCAUCUGUUAAACACGGCAGCUUACAGAUGCACUGAAUUCAAGACACUCAGACCUUGGCUGAAUGUCUAAUACAGAAAGGCAACGCAGAUCAAACAAAUGCACAUUUUAAAAUGUAACAGAAUAGAUUGUAUUUAAAAUAGGAUGCAAAAAUAAUGACAUUUAAGUCGGUGUGAAAAAAUGUUAACCCAUUAUUUCCCUGACUCUGCAUGCAGUUAAAGGUAUACUGGAAUCAGAUAACUGUAAAUAGAUGAGCAAUGCUUUAAUGAAUUAUUGAUUCCGUUGUCCUGAAUACAGGAUAUGUGUCCAAUGGUGGCCAAUGCCUUUGAAAAUGGCUACUAAUCCGUUCAAUAUGACUGGACCAGGUUACGUUUUGAAAACAAAUUGAUUUAGUCUGGAUUUACAGUGCACAUUGGAGACAAGAGUUUGGUAGUCAGGGACUGCUGCCUUUGGUUUUGUGUACUUGCUGCAUAAAGACAGAACUUACCACUCACUGUGUUUUAUCUGUCUUGUGACAGAUGAGACUUGUAAAAGGUACUCUGAUUUCAAGGACAAAAUGGUGAAAAUGUGCAUCUUUAACAACAAAAACUGUAUUUUCUUGUUUAUGGAAAAUUUUUGUACAUUUGUUAAUUUCUUAAAAAAAUGAAUAUUGAUGUGCUGCUUGU